AUGCAAAACGGUGGACCCGAUGCCACGACAAAGGCUAAGCUUGAGAAGAUGGUUAAGAAAUUGGCAGAAGAUGGGGAGGACGAUAAGUUGGCAGAGGUGAUUAAUGAAGCGAAGAAAACUCCAUUCACCCAAGAUCUAGAGCAAACUUCCUUUCCUCCGAAAUCAAGCCUAGAAGGCGAAUCAAAGAAUUGGUUCUAUACCUCACCCGACGAGUCUAUAAGAAAUUACGGAACCUUAGUGGAAACAUUUCUUGAGAUCUAUAUGCACAAUAGUAUCGCCCGACCAAGGAUAAAUAAGCGAUUCACGCUAGCACGAAGGUUCAGGGAGCUAUUAAGGUCUUUGACAGAUAUAUGGAGAAAAUUGUGCACCGAUAUCGGGAAGGUGCCCGUCGACCAACAGAUCUUUGGGUUCGAAAAUUCUCUAGGGAAAUCUGAUCCCAUAUGGAUAGCCAUGUACACUGAGAAGCCGCAGACAUUAAAAGAGAUGAGAAAGAUGCAGGAACAUUACAUUGCGCUGGAGGAAAUACAAGAAGGAGCACAAGAUAGAGGAGUCCAUGAAGCUAGCACAACAGCCGGGGCGACUCCUCAAGGAGACUCAAAACGAUCAGAAAAGAGGCCAAUGGCACCACAGCAAGGUUCAUGCAAGAAGGAAUGGGUCGAGAAAGGAAAAAGGCCUCGUCAUGAUCCGAGAACUUAUACACCUCUAAACACACCUUUAGAAGAAAUCUUUAAGGAAGUGGAAAACAAGAAUGAUAUCAGGUAUCCGAAGACCAGGGGAAUACAAUUUAACGAGACAAGGAACCAUCCCGAGUUUUUUCAUUAUCAUCAGUACCGUGGAAACUUGACCAACAAUUGUCGGGAGGUGAAAGAUAUUGUUCAACAUAUAAUCAGAGAUGGCUACUUGCGAUACUUUGUUAAACAAACAACACCGAAACCUAACGUACCCGACGCCCCUGUGCAUCAGGUAAGGAUCGACCGGGGCACCCAGUUCGUCUGUAACACUAUCUCGCAAUCGGCCACACAAGGAUUCGACUUGGGGACUGGCAUUACAUCACGAAUUCACAAGAGAGAUCGAACUGGAAAAGAGAUUUUUAGUGUGGAAAAAACCUUACCUACGGAGGCUUGGAUGAUGCAGCCGAUCACUUUUUCUGCUAAAGAUGUCCCGAUGAAUGGCCAAGCACAUGGAGACCCCCUAGUCAUCACUUUACUCAUUGAAAAAUGGGGAGUCAAAAGGAUAUUGGUGGACAGUGGGAGUUCAGUAGAAGUCCUCUUUUAUGACACGUUCAAAAGGAUGGAACUAUCUGAUGACAUAUUAAUUCCUUCAACAUAUCAGAUCUAUGGCUUCAAUGGGACAGUAACCGUACCAAAGGGAGAGGUAACGCUUAAAAUCUUUGAUGAGUAA